AUGCAGCAUUUUGACCGAGUAUCAAAGUCGGUAUCAUCAUCAUCGACGUCAACAUCAACGUCAAACCCAGCCAAAAAGGCAAAAUUUAAUGAGCCCAAUUCUGCCAAUGGCAAAAAAAAGAAUGGUCAUCAUCAACAGGAAUUACACUUGCGACCGAUGAUUCCGUAUCAAAGAAAAGAUCGGAUUUUGUUAGUUGGGGAGGGAGACUUCUCCUUUGCACGCUCGCUGGCCGAGCAUUAUCACUGCAAAAGAGUUUUUGCGUCUUGCUAUGACUCCAAGGAUGUCCUGGUUGGCAAAUAUGCUGAGCAGGCAGAGGCUAAUAUCAAGGCAUUCCUUCAAGUUGGGAGGAAGUCUGUAGACAAGCCAAAAGACGCCUCUAGCAGCCAAGAAAAACAAUUACUAGACAACGCAGAAAGCAAUACAAUCCCCAAAGUGUUCUUCUCAGUCGAUGCUCGGAAAUUGGGCACGCCAACCGGCGGAGGAAAAGAGAUACGCCAGGGCAUUAAACAGAAGAAGCAAACAGGCGGCCCCUGGGACAUUAUAUCAUUCAACUUUCCGCACAUUGGCGGGAAAUCUACAGACGUGAACCGGCAAGUUCGCGCAAAUCAAGAACUGCUGGUGGCUUUUUUCAAGUCUUGUGUGCCACUGCUGUCGACAUCAACACCAAAAUCAGAUGACGCUGAAGACGAGGUUGAUUAUGGCACGGAUUCAGACGAUUCCAGUCGCUAUCACACCGACAGCGAGGAGGAGGAUGAUGAUGAUGACGAUGAAUCGGCAUCUGACAACAAUGCCGACAAAGUCCAGAAAGAAGAAAUUAGGACAGUACCCAGACAAUCCGGCCAAAUCGUCGUCACCAUCUUCGAAGGCGAGCCUUAUACUCUCUGGAACAUCAAAGAUCUCGCACGACAUGCCGGGUUGGCUGUCGUUACGAGUUUCCGUUUCCCCUGGAAGUCGUAUCCCGGUUACGCGCAUGCUCGAACUCUAGGGAUUGUGGAAAGUCGCCAUAGUGGGAAAACUGGCGGGGGCUGGAAGGGGGAAGACCGGGAUGCUCGGACGUAUGUGUUUGAAGUCAAGCAGGAGAAUAAUGGACAUCGCCACCAGCCCAUUGGCAAGAAAAAGAAGAGGGGAGACGAAGAUACUAGUGAUGACGAUGACUGA